AGGUUUUCACCUUACCAAGUUUGUCAGCAACGAAAGGGCAGUCAUGGCAUCAGUUCCAGAAGAAGAUAGAGCCACGGAUCAUGAAACAUUGCGAGUAACACAAUCGACGUAUGCAGAAGAGCGUGCUCUGGGAAUUUUAUGGAAUACGGAAACGGACACGCUCAGCUUUAAGAUAAAAACAAAAGAAAGACCGACAACACGACGAGGCAUGCUCUCAACAGUGAGUUCCAUUUAUGAUCCUCUGGGAUUUGUUGCUCCGAUUUUAUUGAAGCCAAAGGCGUUGUUACAGCAGCUUUGUCGUUUGAAUUUAGCAUGGGACGACUUACCCUCAGAUGACCUGCAGAGGAGCUGGUGUUGUUGGCUUUCUACAUUACAUAGUUUGCAAGAAUUUAGUGUUCGGAGGUGUUAUAAACCCGAAGGUUUCGGCCCCAUCGUGACGAGUCAAGUUCAUCAUUUUUCCGACGCUAGUGAGACCGGUUACGGCGCGGUAUCCUACUUAAGACUUCAAAACCAACAAGGGAAGAUUCACUGUUCAUUUAUCAUCGGAAAAGCUCGAGUUGCUCCAGUCAAAGCAGUUACCAUACCGCGCCUGGAAUUAGCUGCAGCCACCGUUGCCGCUCGUUUGAGCGCUGUAGUUAAGCGUGAGUUGGAAAUUCCUGUAGACAGCGUGACAUUUUGGACAGAUAGUACUACUGUGCUUCGAUAUAUCAACAACACAAGUAGCAGAUUCAAGGCGUAUGUAGCGAACAGAAUAGGAACGAUCCUCGAUCUUUCUUCUCCUGGACAGUGGCAUUACGUAGGGACACAUUGCAAUCCGGCCGACGAAGCAUCGAGAGGGUGUUCCGUGUCUGCCUUUUUUAAGUCAAGAUGGAUACAAGGUCCGCAAUUUUUGUGGGAAACAGAAGAUAAGUGGCCAAAACAGCCAAUAGCAUCGCUGGAAGUCGAACUUGGUGACCCUGAAGUUAAGAAAAGCGCAAAAGUUGGAGUAAUAGCGACCGAAUCGAGCCCCACUGAUCGUUUGCUAGGGAAAUACUCCGACUGGCACCGGUUAAAACGCGCAGUGUCGUACAUGUUAAGAUUCAAAAACUUACUUAAGAACGCAGUUGCCGCUCGCCAGACAGAAAACUUCCAAAGAGAAGACGCGACAAAGUCAUUACAGGUUGAAGAUCUAGAAAACGCGGAAAUGGCGAUAAUAACGUAUGUACAAAGUCAGGCAUUUUCCAAAGAACUCCAUUUUAUGAAAGAAUAUCGCUCCAGUUUAAAGAAGUAUCAGCUUCCUCGCUCUAGCCCAUUGUAUCGUCUUAACCCGAUUUUAAUGAACGGGCUUCUUGUCAUCGGAGGACGCUUGCACCAGGCUGACCAGCCGUUCGAGUCACGGCAUCCAGCUAUUAUUCCGGCCAAAUCUCACGUAACUGACAUCAUUAUUGACCACGUUCACAAAAAGGAAGGACAUCAGGGGCGCCAGCACGUACUGUCCUGCAUCCGAGAGAAGUUCUGGAUACUUCAUGCGAACGCCAACGUACGCCGAGUUCUUAAAGACUGCACAAAGUGCCGUCGGCUACAAGGCAGACCAUUGAUGCAGCAAAUGGCCGAUCUGCCGCCUGAUCGGGUUAGGCCCGAUUUACCUUUCUCGUCGGUCGGCGUGGACUGUUUUGGCCCUUUUUAUGUCAAACGGGGGCGAGGCAACGCAAAACGAUACGGAGUCCUCUUUACUUGCCUCAGUAUACGAGCUGUUCAUAUAGAGAUUGCGCAGUCUCUCACGUCUGAUUCAUUCAUUAACGCAUUGAGAAGAUUUAUUUCUAGGAGAGGAAACGUGAAAGAAAUUCGCUCAGACAACGGAACAAAUUUUGUAGGAGCACAAAGAGAGUUACAAGAAGAGAUCACCAACUGGAACCAACAGCAGAUUGAAACCUUUUUACUGCAGCGGAACAUAAAAUGGACUUUCAAUGCCCUUAGUGCCUCCCACCAGGGGGGCGUCUGGGAACGACAAAUCCGCACAGUCAGAAAAAUACUGAAUUCUACGACAUCUAGUCAAACGCUUGACGACGAGAGUCUAGCAACUCUCCUUUGUGAAGUGGAAUACACCAUCAACAGCCGACCAUUGACCACCGUGUCUAGCGACCACAGAGACUUGAACCCGAUCACACCAAACCAGCUCCUGCUGCUGCGCUCCGAACCGGUGAUGCCUCCAGGUCAUUUUAGCUCAACCGAAAAUUACAGCAGACGAAGAUGGAAACAAGUUCAACACCUCGCGUCAGAGUUUUGGAAGAGAUGGAGAAAAGAGUAUUUGCAAACACUUCAGCAGCGACGAAAAUGGAACGAUCGAAAACCGAAUCUCCAGAGCGGAGAUGUUGUCGUGAUUGUCGAGAACGACACUCCGGAAACUUGUGGAAGCUGGGUCGCGUCACCAAAACCUUCCCUGACCUGAACGGACUAGUUAGAACUGUCGAACUGAAAACGCAAACGAUGACAACGCGACGACCGGUAAACAAACUUGUUUUAUUGGUACCAACCGAAGAAGCGAUGGUCUCAUACUGACUCGCGCGCGUGACUGGGGAGGGUGUAAGUGCACCGCGACUCGGUGGUGUCGAAAGAGUCAGCGCUCGAGAAUAACCUCAACAAUAAGAAGAAUAAAAUUUGAAUACUACAAGGAUUUUAAGUGAAGUUAAUGAAGAAGUAGAUAUUUAGUUUAAGUUGCCUUUUUGUUUUAUUUAAAUUGUGUUACUUUAGCCCUGAAACCGUCAAAAUUACUUUUAAACGAAGACGAAAGCCAGCAGACGGAAACAAGAAGACGAAGACACGAAGACGAAGACAGAAAUAAAGAAGAAGAAAUCGCGACUCGAAAUACAAAAAGAACGAAUAGAAUACGACGACGACCAUCGGCGAUAAAUAGUUGCCAUUUCUCUUUAAGUUGGGCUUCAAGAUCGGAUAUUCUCAUUUCAAUUUUAUUGUUUGGUAAAUGUCUCAGCGUAAUAUACGUCCAAGUCUCUUUCGUAAAA